AGAAAGUGAUCCCGAGGUAAUCAGUCAUUUGCUUUACCUUAAAUAUCAAGAUUUUCUAAGUUCUGUAUAUGCAAGGUUGUCUUUUAUUAAGCAUAUCGGUUGCUUUCGUAUCUUCAUUUAUAUCUUGUCACCGUAAUACCACCGGGUUUUUGUGCCAUUUUGUUGAAGGUUUGUGCGCAGUGGGUUUGUGCCAUUGUGAUGAAGGAAUUAUAAUAAUCAUCCUCAUCAAGAAUAAACGGAGAAGAGGCGCCCGAGGUCAUGGCAGAGCCCUGGGUGUUGCUGUCCGAGGACGAUUACCCGUGUCCCGUGCUACCUCCGGCCCGGGCGGCGGGCUCUGUGCUCGACGCAUACUUCGUCCACGAGCUGGAAGGUCCGGGCAAGGAGAAGCAGGGAGAGGGUAGGCCGGUUGUGGUGCAGGAAGAGGCAGGCGGGGAAGCGGUGACCGGCCUGCACCAGUCCGUAGGUCACCGGUUCGUUGUCCCUGGUCGUGGUGUUUCUGCCCCUGGUGCUUCCCCUGGUCGUCUACCUGGGCGCCACCAACCAGUUCAUCGAGGCCCGCCAAGGGCUGCUCGUCGAGGGAAUCCUCGACCUGGACGACGACAUCACACCUCCAGUCCGGGACCCUGCACACGAGGGCCGCCAACUCAGGACGCUGGACGGCGACUUCGAAGAAGAGCUCAGCUGGAUGUCGGGCAACACGCCGGGCUCACCGCCGUUCUCGGCGAAGACAAGCGACAUGUCACCGCCGCCGAAGUACAAGGAGAUGCGGGAGUUGCCGGAGGUAGCCUGGCCCGUGGACUGGAAGGGCGGGAACGCCACUCUGGGGCCGAGGCCGCUGGACGAGGACGAAGACUUGCCCAUAAAGCACAAUCUGCCCUUCAAAAAGAUGAAGCGGGAAGGACCAACCACGGUUCGUGCCUACCUGGCUCCCCAGACAGUCGGGCCAGCCCCGUUCGAAGGCCUUCCAGAACUCCGUGAGUUCACCAGAAGAAGCAAACGCCACGGCGGCAAAACUCCGUCCACGCGCAUCCCCAUCAUGCGCGAACCGCACGAAGAGUGAACCCUGCGAACCGCACGAAGAGUGAGCCGCCUCCCUUUUCCUGCCUGGCCCAGAGUCUCACGUUUGAACGAGACGGAGGCCUUCUGACGCUUCCGGAUGCACCGACUUCGUCAUGCGAGAAAUCGGAUAAAGAAAGCGGCAUCAUUUAUGACUGACAUGUGUUAUCUUUUCACUGGUUUUCAACACCACACACCGACCUUCUUUGGUGGCUUAGCGGAUAUAUAUGGAACUCUGCUGCUGAGUGUGAGGUCGCAGGUUCAAUUACAGGCAGUGACGAUUGCAUUCCG